AUGCAAUGGCUGCAAGAAGACCUGACUUGGGUUAAGGGAGAAAUGGGUAUUCUCUGGGGUCAGCUGACCCAAGCUCUGACUUGCAGACACUGUGGCAGCUGCUGCCUUCAGAGUCCAGGGAAUCUGGUGAUACUAUGCUUGUUCAUGGUUUGGCAGUUCCGGAGAUGGUGGUACCUUGGGAGCUGGCAACAGCUUCAGCCCUGGUGCUCUGGGGACAUCAUUCAAGGCAAGGGCCUACCCCUUCUGGACUUCUUUGGCUCAUGGAGGCAAAAAUCAGAGGAGGAAGAGGAAGAAGAGGGGGAAGAAAUGGAAGAAGAAGGAAAAAAGGAAGAAAAGUCAUCAUCUAUGAAUUCGUUGAAAUCACAUUCUCCUACCAAAGAUGAUCCCAUUGGAGAGCAAGGCAGCCAAGCCCCACCCAAGCCACUCUAUUGUUCCAAGAGCCUCCCUAAGGCCACAGGGACACCAGAACAAAUACUUACAUCACUCAAAAACCCCUUCAGAUCCUUCCCUACCUUCCAGAUCCUGACCAACCUGCAGGUGAAGAACAAGACAACAUUGGGGGGCUGCCUGCAGCAGAGAAAAAGCCAGCUAUUCUGGGGUCUCCCUGCUCUGCACAGUGAGUCCUUGGACACCAUCUUCCUGAGCCCAGAUGGCCCCUCCUCCCUGAAGAUAUCUGUUUAUCCUUCUAUUUUCUUCAACAAGCUUGCCUUCCUGUCUAGGUAUAACUUGCUGCUUCCCCAUUAUUUUUCCCCAACCCAGCUUCUUACUCAUGAAGCUCAUACAACAGAAUAUUUGGAAAGAAUGACCUCUAAUCCUCAGUUAGUUCCAUCUCCAUCCUCCUCUCCUGUCCCAUCAUCAUCCCUCCACCUUAAGCCCUUGCCUAUGAAUCACAAGCAAGUCUUAUCUGGUGCUAAGGCCCACACACAGUGGCUUGCACAGCAUAAAGAGGUUCCUUGGGUCUCUGGGGAUCAAGUGCUGCACCCACAGUCUGAACUCCAAAGAAUCAGAACCUCUAAGUUCUCAUCCUCAUCCGAGGCCUGGCGGGGGGUGCCAAGGGACUUCAACCUCCAUCAACCCAACCCAGAGUCACUCUCUACCUCUCUGCUCUACGCCUCUAGACCUUUGGAAGUCCUAACUAGGUUUGAGGCCCCAUGUAGGACCAUGGGACAAACUGAGAACCUGAAAGCCUCUGAGCCAGCAAUGUCAGCUCCUAGCCCAACCCUAGCUUCCCUGACAGAACUCCAGUCAGCUAGCCCCAUAGUAGGCCUGACUAGAUCUAAGUCCCUCUGGGAAACCACAGAGCUAAAAGAGAACUAUCAGAUCUCUGAGCCCCCAAACCUGGCUUUUUACCAAACUACAACACCCAUGAUGGAAGCUCAAGGAACUAGCCCUCCAGGAGUUGCACCUCAAUAUGAAGCUCAGUGGGGAACCACAGGCCAUAAAGACAGCCCCCAAGUUUCUGAACCCCCAAGACCAGCCUCCUGUCAACCCCCAGUUUCUCUGUCAGGACCCCCAAAAGUAAGCCCUAAACAAGGACUAUCUAGGCCUAAGGACUUCUGGGGAACCAUGGGAUACAGAGAGAAUCCUCAAGUCACUAAAUCUCCAAUGCCAGCCCCUUGCCCUCCCCUAGACUCCCUGUCACAACUCGAUAAAAACAGUGUCCUAGAAGACCUAUCUGGAUAUGAGCCACAGUUGAGAUGCACAGAAAACUCAGGAAAUCCCUGGGCCUUUGAACCUCCAUGUGUGGACCUCCGGCCAAGACUCUCUGAAAGCAGUUCUGCAUAUGUCCCCUCAGGACAUAAGACUCCAUUGAGGGGCACGCAGAAUAGAGAACAUUUUGGGGUUUCUGCAGACCCAGUUUCAUCUCCCAGGCUUCCCUCAGCCUCUCUGAUGGAAUCUUUAGUAAUGAGCUUCCAGGAAGUCCUGUUGGAGUCCAAAGCUUUUCAGGAGACCAAGGGGCAAAGGGAGAAUCUCUGGGUGUCUGAUACCCUAGACCCUACCCAUACAACAUCUCUAACCCCCUUUAUAGAACUAUACAAAAUCAAUACUGUGAAUGGCCUCCCUAGAUCAGAAGCUACAUGGAAGGACAUGGAGCAUUCCAGAAAUUCCUGGGAUUCUGAGCCCCCAUCUCUUGCCUCUGGCCCACUCUCAACUCUUGUACUAAAGCCCCUCAGAGAUAGCUCCGUGGAAAUCCUAUUUGGUUCUGAAGUUAGAUGUGGGGACACACAAAGAAAAAAUAACUUCUGGGCCUCUGAGCUUCCAGCUCGCAGCAUACCCCAAGAUCUGCAUGGAGCCAGUCCCCUAGGAGUUCUGACUGACUCUGAACCUAUUAGGGAGAACAUGGAGCAGAAAGAAAAUUGUUAUGUUUCUGUAGUUUGGGGCCCCAACCUACCCACAAACUCUCUUUCCAAGUCCCCAAAAAAUGAGCCUUUUGGAGACCAAUGCAAAUAUAAGCUUGUGAGGGAAGAAGUGAAAGAGAGAGAGAACUGUGGGGUCACUCAGCUCCCAGCCCUCAGCUCUCUCUCUGCUCCUUUACAAGAACCACAUACUGACCUUGAAUUUAUGUGCAGAAAUGUGCAACCGAGGGAGGCUCCCCAGGGUCCCAGCCCACCAGUAGUGGAUCCCCUGCAUCCAAUAUCCUGGCCUCCCAACCUAGCUGAAGCUCAAAAGAUUGAGCCCACCCAGCCUAGCCUACAGAAGGGAGAGAUGUUCUCAGGAGCUAAGGCAGAGGCCCCAUCCUCCCAAGAUAAGGCUAUCCCAGAAAUGCUCACCAACCCUGGGAUCCAUGCCUGGCAAUGGAGUAGAGAGUUAGAACUCAGGCUGAAGAAACUGCAGCAGAGCCCAUCUUUCAGCUCCCCUGUCCUGAGUUCCAUAACUCUAGACUCCUGGGGACUCUCUUCCUGCCCACCACAGCAAACUAAUUCCCCAAAUCUACACCCCCACUCUUUAAGUUGUAAUCCCCCUAAAGUUCAGAGCACACUGUCUCAGUCUGUCCAGUCCUUCCACUGUCACCACACCCACUCCUCUUUCCUGCCUCAGCCACGAACUUCUGGCAGAGUAGAAAAGUCUCAGAAAAAGGAGAAAAUAAAAGAUAAGAUAGUAGCCCAAGUCUCACCCCAGGGGCCACAUAGUCAAAUGCAGGCUGGUGAGAACUGUCUAGGUGUGGGAAAGCUAUCAAACCCUGGGGUUCUAGCCUCAGGCAAAAGACAAGCCAAAGCUACAGCCCUAUCUUCAGCCAAAAAGAAAGAGAGUCUCAGAAAAUUCAAACCAGGAGAAUGUGAAAGAGGGAAUGCAAGACUGGGUUCAUCCACACUCACAGGGAAGAGCCACCCUGCCCAGGCCUGCAGACUAGCAGAGACCCUUGUAAGCAGAUUUCCCCGAAGGUCUCAGAGCAGGGGCCAGAGCUCUCAAUGCACUGCUCUCCCUCACCAGCUUCUGCCCAAGGCUAUAGGUCCCCAGAAUCAGCGAAGUUCAGGGAGAGUAGCUGGUGACAUUCAGAACCCUUGUCACUGUGAACACUGUCCUUGGGUGCACAUGGAGAAGAAUCUUCCAUCCCCCACACCCCAGGUUCCCCGAACCAGGGGUCUUCUAAGAGUCUUAGACAAAUUUCUGGGUAUCCAUGGAACCCUGCCCACUAAAUCCUGUCAAUAG